GAUAUACGAAUUUUGGGACCAGCAUGCAAUAAUAAAUACAUGUACCAUUUCUUCCUCUGCAAUUAAACUCUCCCACCCUCUCUCUGUGUCUGGGAGCCUUCUCCGAUCCGAGUGUUAAGAUUGAAGAUCAGUCUACUGAGAGAGGAAAGAGAGACCCGUAAUUUUCCCACUUCUUUAAGUUUCUUUUGGAGUGAAACGAAGGGUGCAGUUCAGAAUUUUGACAAGACUUUACAAUGAAGAAUAAUGAGCGUCUGGCUAAUAUUGCCUUGGCCGGUUUGACCUUGGCCCCACUGAUUGUGAAGGUAGACCCGAAUUUAAAUGUCAUCUUGACAGCUUGCCUUGCAGUUUAUGUGGGUUGCUACCGUUCUGUCAAGCCAACUCCACCUUCAGAGACAAUGUCCAAUGAACAUGCCAUGCGAUUUCCAUUGGUUGGAAGUGCCAUGUUGUUGUCAUUAUUCUUGCUCUUUAAGUUCCUGUCAAAGGACUUGGUUAAUGCUGUAUUGACGUGCUACUUUUUCGUACUUGGGAUCGUUGCUCUCUCGGCAACAUUGUUACCAGCAAUCAGUCGUUUUUUGCCGAAACAUUGGAAUGAUAAUCUCAUAGUAUGGCGUUUUCCAUAUUUCCGGUCUUUGGAGGUUGAGUUUACAAGAUCUCAGGUCAUUGCUGCAAUUCCUGGAACUUUCUUCUGUGCAUGGUAUGCUUCACAGAAGCAUUGGCUAGCUAACAAUACACUGGGACUUGCAUUCUGCAUUCAGGGAAUCGAAAUGCUUUCGCUGGGCUCGUUUAAGACUGGUGCCAUUCUCUUGGCUGGGCUUUUCGUAUAUGACAUUUUCUGGGUCUUUUUUACUCCAGUAAUGGUUAGUGUUGCAAAAUCUUUUGAUGCUCCUAUAAAGCUUUUGUUCCCAACAAUGGAUUCUGCACGACCAUUUUCAAUGCUUGGUCUUGGAGAUAUAGUUAUUCCCGGCAUUUUUGUAGCAUUAGCACUGAGAUUUGAUGUUUCUCGGGGAAAAGAGAGCCAAUACUUCAAGAGUGCUUUUCUGGGGUACACAGCCGGCUUGGUCCUCACAAUAGUUGUCAUGAACUGGUUUCAAGCUGCACAGCCUGCGCUUCUGUAUAUCGUGCCGUGUGUUAUUGGAUUUUUGGCUGCACAUUGCAUAUGGAAUGGGGAAGUUAAACCUUUGAUGGAGUUCAAUGAAUCUAAAACCAGUACGAAUUCGGACGGAGCUGAUGCUAAAUCGAACAAGAAAGAAGAGUGAGAACCAAUAGCUUGAGAGAGGAAAAUUACCAUUUUGUUACAAACCUGUCUUUAACUUGUGCACCAUAGAUUGUUGUACCAGAUUUUGUGGCUUAGCAUCGCAUGAUUUCCUAAAGCAAUUUUAAUUAUUUUACCAAACCAA